UUUCACCGUUUCUGCCUUUUGAGAAUAGACCCUAUACUUUAUUUUAUACUCUUUGUCCACUUCACUUAUCGUGAGGCAUAAAAACGCUACAAAACAUUCAACAUCGAUACCCUGGUGCCUCCAGAAACACCAGAGCCCACCAGUAGAUAUUAAUGACCAUUGUCUCAUGAUGUUCAAGAGGUUAGUUUUGACAGGUCUGAUGUGAUCUCCCAGUGAUCGUCGCCGGCCGGUUCUCCAGUGGAUUCCUUCCAGGAAGAAUCCCUCAAUCCUAGAAAAAUAAGGCGAACACUCAUCCCAGGUAAAUCACGAGUCCGUGAAGAUGUUUGCUUUUGCUCAGCAGAAUGCAGUUGAGCCAAUGCAGGUCGAUGCACCACCUGAGGACAAUGACAACACCGAAGAGGAGCCCUACAUCGUCGAGAAUCCAACACUGGACCUGGAGGUGUACGCCAACAGUUACACAGGUCUGGCAAAGCUUUACCGACUCAUCUACAUCGCUGACCACUGUCCAAGCCUCCGCAUCGAGGCCCUGAAGAUGGCAAUCACCCACGUUCUCACGACCUAUAACGUAUCCCUCUAUCAAGUGCUCCACAAGAAGCUGUUGCACGCUUUAAACACCCCAGGACUGCCAGACGUUGCUGCCCAAUCGACAUCAGCUCAGGACAUGCCAGUGCUCAAUCAGAUAUGGGUAGAAUCAAGAUCGAAAAAAGCUGCCCUCAAGCUCGAGAAAUUCGAUACAGACCUGAAGAAUUAUCGGAGCAAUUCCAUCAAGGAGAGCAUCAGAAGAGGUCAUGAUGAUCUUGGUGAUCAUUACCUGGACUGUGGUGACUUGGGUAACGCAUUGAAAUGUUACUCGAGGGCUCGUGAUUACUGCACCAGUGGUAAACACGUCGUCAACAUGUGCCUGAAUGUCAUCAAAGUGUCAGUUUACCUUCAGAAUUGGACACACGUUUUGACUUAUGUGGCUAAAGCUGAAAAUGCUCCUGAUUUUCCUGAGGUCCACAGCAAGGACAACAAUCAGUCCAUCGUCACAAAGCUCAAAGUAGCUGCUGGCCUAGCUGCACUUGCCAUGAAAAAAUUCAAAAUGGCUGCUAAACACUUCCUCCAAGCCUCCCUGGAUCACUGCGACUGCCCGGAGUUACUCUCCCCUGGGAAUGUUGCACUUUACGGUGGACUCUGUGCACUGGCCACUUUUGACCGGCACGAGCUGCAGAAGCAGGUGAUCUUCAGCAGCUCGUUCAAACUCUUCCUCGAGCUUGAGCCACAGCUCAGGGACAUUAUAUUCAAAUUUUACGAGUCCAAGUACGCCUCAUGCUUGAAACUACUCGAUGAGAUAAAGGACAAUAUACUUCUGGACAUGUACAUCGCACCUCAUGUUAAUUCUCUGUACACUCAGAUUCGUAACAGAGCACUUAUUCAGUACUUCAGUCCUUAUCUCAGCGCUGAUAUGAGGAGAAUGGCUGUGGCUUUCAAUAGAACUGUUCCAGCACUCGAGGAUGAACUCAUGCAGCUCAUACUUGAUGGACAGAUCCAGGCGCGAAUUGAUUCUCAUAAUAAAAUUUUAUACGCCAAAGAUGUCGAUCAACGUAGCACAACCUUCGAAAAGUCAAUAAGCAUAGGGAAGGAGUACCAGAGAAGAACUAAAAUGCUUCUCCUUCGUGCAGCGAUUUUCAAGCAUCAAAUCCAAGUCAAAUGCCCUCUUCGUGAUAAUACCCAAGGUGGUGAGAUGUCUGUCGCUCCAGGUAACAGUACAGCCCCAAGAAGCUAAUCAAUGAGCCUCAGAAAUCCUCAAACCUCUCUGUUCCAUCUGUUCUUUUUCAUAAUAAAUAAAUAA